GAGGGCAACGGGCGCCAAUUCGUGCUGAACUACGUCACGUUCGAGAACAAGGUCUGGACCGGAAUCGCCAAAGAUAUCUUCGUCGUUGGCAGGGCGCACACCGUGCACUGGGGGAACCCCGCCGACAAUAGCACGCCACUCCAACUUUUCGAUUACACGAUGGACAGGAACCAGCUUGUGGAGUGGACCGACGAGCAGAUUAACGAAGAGAGCUCGCCGAUCUUCGGCCGACAUGCGGGGAAAAUCAAGGAGUCGCUCCGCAACUGCACCUCGGGUUCUAUUGGCGCAAAGACACUCGAGAGCUGGGCGGCCACGCUCAAGCGAUUCCAUCCGUUCGCGUUCGACCGCGUCGUCGCCCCAAUUCCAAAGAGCCAGGAC